AUGAGCCACGACUCCGGGUCCAGCGCCGGCGCGGGCGUGGAGUCCCUCUCGCUGGACCUUCUGGCCCACGCGCUGGCGGGCGUCGGGGACCCGCGGGACCGCAAGUCGUGCCGCCUCGCGAGCCGCGCCUUCGCGCGCGCCGAGGCCGCGUCCCGCCGCGCCGCGCGGGUGCUCCGCCGGGAGGCGCUCCCGCGGGCGCUGCGCGCGUUCCCGGCGCUGUCCUCGCUCGAUCUCUCCGCGUGCGCGGGCCUCGACGAUGCCUCCCUCGCCGCCGCGCUUCCCGUCCCGGGCCCCGGCGCCGGCGCCGCCGAUCCGCCGCCGGGCCAGCUGCUGCUGACCGUCCGCCGGGUGCUGCUCGCGCGGGCCAGCGGGGUCGGGUGGCGCGGCCUGGAGGCGCUCGUGGCGGCGUGCCCGAGGCUCGAGGCCGUCGACCUCUCCCACUGCGUCGCCGCCGGGGACAGGGAGAUGGCCGCGCUCGCCGCGGCGGCGGGGCUCAGGGAGCUCGUCAUGGACAAGUGCCUCGGCGUCACCGACGUCGGGCUCGCCAAGGUCGCCGUCGGAUGCCCCGGCCUCCAGAGGCUCAGCGUCAAGUGGUGCCGCGAGAUCUCCGACAUCGGCAUCGAGCUGCUCGCCAAGAAGUGCCCCCAACUGCGCAGCGUCGACAUCUCCUAUCUCAAGGUGACCAAUGAAUCCCUUAGAUCACUCUCUACUCUUGAGAAGCUAGAGGACAUAGCAAUGGUCAGCUGCUUGUUUAUAGAUGAUGAUGGUCUACAAAUGCUAAGUAUGUGCAACUCGCUUCAGGCAAUUGGUUCUACCUGCAAGAAUUUGGUUGAGAUUGGGCUUAGCAAAUGCAAUGGUGUUACAGAUGAUGGUAUUGUUUCACUAGUUGCUCAUUGUUGUGACUUAAGGACUAUCGACGUGACAUGCUGCCAUCUUCUUACAAAUGAUGCCCUUGCUGCAAUUGCCGAGAACUGUAGAAAGAUUGAAUGCCUUCGACUGGAAUCCUGCCCUUUUAUAAGUGAGAAGGGACUAGAGCAAAUCGCAACCCUCUGUUCCCACCUUAAGGAGAUUGACCUCACUGACUGUCGUAUUAAUGAUGCAGCUUUGCAGCACUUGGCAAGUUGCUCGGAACUGCUGAUCUUGAAGCUUGGCCUCUGCUCUAGCAUUUCUGAUGGAGGCCUUGUUUAUAUUAGUUCAAACUGUGGAAAGCUUGUGGAACUUGAUCUAUACCGUUGUAGUGCUAUUACUGAUGAUGGGCUGGCAGCUGUAGCUAGUGGCUGCAAGAAGAUCAGGAUGCUAAACUUAUGCUAUUGCACCCAAAUCACCGAUGCUGGUUUGAAGCAUGUAAGCGCUUUGGAAGAACUCACAAACCUGGAGCUGAGAUGCCUGGUGCGCAUCACAGGCAUCGGGAUCACCUCCAUCGCCAUUGGUUGCGCUAGCCUGAUAGAACUGGACCUUAAACGCUGUUACUCUGUGGAUGAUGCUAGCCUGUGGGCUCUUUCAAGAUACUCCCAGAACCUUAGACAACUUACUAUCUCCUACUGUCAAGUCACUGGCCUGGGCCUUUGCCAUCUGCUGGGCUCAUUGAGGUGUCUCCAGGACGUGAAGAUGGUUCACCUCUCCUGGGUCUCCAUUGAAGGGUUUGAGAUGGCGCUGCGAGCGGCGUGUGGGAGGCUGAAGAAGCUGAAGCUGCUGGGUGGGUUGAGGUCUGUGCUCUCCACCGAGCUGCUCCAGAUGCUGCAGGCCUGUGGCUGCCGUGUCCGCUGGGUCGACAAGCCACUCGUCUACAAGGGAUGA